AUGGUUGACAACCAGAAGUCAAACGUGAAACAUAUCGCUGACAUAGUGGGUGAAUGGGGAAAAUGGCAAUUGCACCUGGCCAGUUUUUCCUUCAUUCUAUGGGCAGUAGCUGCUAUCAAUAACAUGGGAUAUAGUUUCCACGCUUAUGAUAAUGAUUUUUGGUGCAGUGAUGUUCCUUACGAUUAUCCGUGUGUGACCGAGUUAAUUUCGCGUCAUUUUCGCAAACAUUGUAUAUGUUGGGGUACGUCAUAUCGGGACUGGUAUUCUCACAUUAUUCAGAUAAAUACGGCCGAAGACCUAUUGUAUGGCUGGGAUUCACAAUAG